AAGUCUUGAAACAUAAAAUCAAACCAAUAUUCUUCUUAUCACUUAGCUUGUUCAAAAAUUACACAAUAUACCCAUGGGUUUUGUUGGUGAUGAAGAUGAUAUUCCAUUUGUUCAUCAAAAGAACAAACAUAAUAUCAAUACCAAAUUCAUGAUCAAUACCUUAAUUACAAUAUCCCUAGUUGUUUUCCUCGUUUCUAUUAUUCGUUUGUACAUUAAAUUUCUUUUCAGACAUCGUCAGGCCCAAGGCCAGGCGACGAACUACGGUUCCCGAAUUUCUAACGUGACGAGUGUAUCACAAGUUGAGCCACCUAAACAUGGUCUUGACCCAUCCAUCAUGACUUCGCUACCAAUAUUUCUUUAUAAAAAAAGUGAACAAGACACUAUUGAGUGUUCAAUUUGUUUGAGUACUAUUGAAGAUGGUGAAUUGGUUAGGAUUUUGCCUAACUGCAAGCAUAGUUUUCAUGUUGAGUGUAUUGACAAAUGGUUUGAUUGUCACUCAACAUGCCCCAUAUGCCGGGCCGAGGCGAAACCUCGCCGCCUAUCGCCAGAGCCUAGGGAGGACGUUGUUGGUCGUAUAUCGUCAUCAACGCCACCUAUGGAAAGUGGAAACUUGUGUAUAACCGUGAAUCUUGAAGGGACUUCGUCUUCAGGAAAUGGAGCAAGUUCGAGAUUGAGCUCGUUUAAAAGUAUUAUUAUUCUUAGUAGGGAGAGAUCAUUUCAAGGACUUCAAGCUCAAUCUUGUUCUAGAGAAGAUCAUGUAGGUGAUCUUGAGAGUGGCGGAUCAAGAAUUUAGACAGACGCAAAAGAUGAGUUUCACAAAAAGUAUAUCUAAAUCUAUAUCUAUACCAGUUUUGAUACACGUAUAUGCGCAUGCAUGUGUAUAUAUAAACCCAUGGUUGAAUUCGCCACAUAUUAUUUUCAGUAGUACAAACUUUAAUUUAUAGUACUAUCGGAAACAACUACUACUUUUCUUGAUUGUUUAAUCUUGAGCUGAAGGUCUAUCGAGAACAGUCUCUCUAUCUCACCUCUGAGGUACUGAUAUGGACUGUGUACACUUAUCCUUCCCAGACCCCACUUGGCAGGAAUAUAUUGAGAAACGGCCUCUCAUCUCACGUCUGAGUCACUUCAAUAAACUAUUUUUCCAUCCUACAUACAUUGAUAAACCCCAUAUAACAAUUUUGUAUACUAGUCAUUUUGCCAAAAGGCUUUGGUUAUACUUUUGUGUAUAUCAUAUGUGAAUAUAAGUAAAUAUUAUGGAGUUCGAUUAUAAUUGAUCAUAUUCAAUAUUUUUUGUUUCC